AUGAUCUCGACAGCACCACUCUACAGCGGCGUGCACAACUGGACCAGUUCUGACCGGAUUCGCAUGUGUGGCAUCAACGAGGAGAGAAGAGCACCUCUUUCUGAUGAGGAGUCCACGACAGGUGACUGCCAGCGGUUUGGAUCUCAGGAGUUUUGUGUCAGCAGCAGUUUUUCCAAGGUGGAGCUCACAGCAGUUGGAAGUGGCAGCAAUGCCCGGGGGGCAGACCCAGAUGGCAAUGCAGCAGAAAAACUUGGGCACAAGUCAGAAGACAAGCCUGACGACCCCCAGCCAAAAAUGGACUAUGCUGGGAGCGUGGCGGAGGCUGAGGGCCUAUUGGUGCCACUGAGCAGCCCCGGAGACGGGCUCAAGCUUACCACUCCCGACAGUGCCGACGCUGCCAACAGCAGGGCUGACUGCUCCUGGGCUCCCCUCGGCACCCAAAUGAGCAAACAAACAGACUGCUCAGCAGCUGGGGUAAAGGCUUUGGACUCUCGGCACGGUGUUGGGGAGAAGAAUACUUUCAUUCUGGCAACUCUGGGGACUGGAGUCCCUGUGGAGGGAACCCUGCCUCUGGUCCCCACUAACUUUAGUCCGCUGCCAGCCCCCAUCUGCCCCCCCGCUCCCAGUUCAGCUUCCGUCCCCCCGUCUGUUCCAGAUCCAUUCCAGGUUCCCCUCUCCGUCCCCACCCCGGUGCCCCACUCUGGGCUUGUUCCCGUCCAGGUCGCCACCUCAGUUCCAGCCCCGUCCCCUCCCUUAGCACCAGUCCCAGCUCUGGCUCCAGCGCCGCCAUCGGUGCCCACACUCAUCUCUGAUUCGAACCCCCUUUCGGUUUCAGCCUCUGUCUUGGUGCCUGUGCCAGCUUCUGCUCCCCCCUCAGGUCCGGUCCCCCUGUCGGCUCCAGCCCCUACCCCCCUCUCGGUCCCAGUUUCGGCUCCUCCCUUGGCUCUGAUCCAGGCCCCUGUGCCCCCAUCAGCUCCAACCCUGGUCCUCACGCCUGUCCCCACUCCAGUUCUGGCCCCCAUGCCGGCGUCCACACCUCCGGCAGCUCCUGCCCCUCCGUCGGUGCCGAUGCCCACCCCAACCCCAUCUUCUGGCCCACCCUCCACCCCCACCCUCAUUCCUGCCUUUGCUCCCACGCCAGUGCCUGCGCCCACCCCAGCCCCAAUAUUCACUCCAGCCCCCACGCCCAUGCCGGCCGCCACACCGGCUGCCAUUCCCACCUCUGCACCAAUCCCAGCCUCCUUUAGUUUGAGCCGAGUAUGUUUUCCUGCAGCUCAGGCACCAGCUAUGCAAAAAGUACCCCUGUCCUUUCAGCCAGGGACAGUACUGACCCCGAGCCAGCCGCUGGUAUAUAUCCCACCUCCGAGCUGUGGGCAGCCGCUCAGUAUGGCCACGCUGCCAACCACUCUGGGAGUCUCCUCCACUCUCACACUCCCUGUCCUGCCUUCAUACCUUCAGGACAGGUGUCUCCCUGGUGUGCUGGCCUCCCCAGAGCUACGGUCUUACCCAUAUGCAUUUUCUGUUGCCCGGCCUCUGACUUCAGAUUCCAAGCUUGUCUCUCUGGAGGUGAACAGGCUUCCCUGUGCUUCCCCAUCCAGCAGCACCGGCACCCAGUCUGCACCCGAUGGGGUCCCCGGGCCUUUGGCAGAUACUUCCCUCUCUACUGCUUCUGCCAAGGUGCUUCCAACCCCACAGCCUUUGCUGCCAGCCCCCAGCGUGAGCUCAGCCCCGCCACACCCUGCCAAGAUGACAGGUGGUGCCGAGCAGCAAACAGAAGGGACUUCCGUCACCUUCUCUCCCCUCAAGUCACCUCCACAGCUGGAGCGAGAGAUGGCAUCUCCACCUGAGUGCAGUGAGAUGCCCCUCGACCUCUCCUCCAAGUCCAACCGCCAGAAGCUUCCAUUGCCCAACCAACGCAAGACACCUCCCAUGCCCGUAUUGACCCCUGUGCACACCAGCAGCAAGGCACUCCUCUCCACAGUUUUGUCUAGGUCUCAGCGCACAACCCAGGCUGCCGGUAGCAAUGUCACCUCCUGCCUGGGCUCUACUUCCUCGCCCUUUGUCAUCUUUCCCGACAUUGUGAGGAACGGGGACCCAAGCACCUGGGUGAAGAACUCGACUGCGCUGAUCAGCACCAUUCCUGGCACCUACGUGGGAGUGGCCAACCCAGUGCCUGCAUCCCUGCUGCUGAACAAAGACCCUAACUUGGGCCUCAACCGAGACCCCCGCCAUCUCCCCAAGCAGGAGCCCAUCUCCAUCAUUGAUCAAGGAGAACCCAAGAGCACUGGUGCCCCCUGUGGCAAGAAGGGCAGCCAGGCUGGGACUGAGGGACAGUCAAGCACAGUCAAACGUUACACGCCAGCCCGCAUUGCCCCCGGGCUGCCGGGGUGCCAAACCAAGGAGCUUUCUCUGUGGAAGCCCACGGGGCCAGCAAAUAUUUACCCACGGUGUUCAGUUAAUGGGAAACCCACCAGCACCCAGGUCCUGCCUGUUGGCUGGUCACCAUACCACCAAACGUCUCUGCUUUCCAUCGGCAUUUCCAGUGCCGGGCAGCUGACGCCCAGUCAGGGGGUGCCCAUCAGGCCCACCAGCGUUGUUUCUGAGUUUUCUGGUGUGUCACCUCUCAGCCCCAGUGAAGCUGUGCAUGGACUUCCAGAGGGGCAGCCACGGCCUGGAGGCCCCUUUGCUCCAGAGCAGGACACUGGCACAAAGAACAAAACUUGCCGGAUUGCUGCCAAGCCUUACGAAGAACAAGUCAACCCUGUCCUCCUGACUCUCAGCCCUCAGACAGGGACCUUGGCACUGUCUGUCCAGCCUAGCAGUGGGGACAUAAAAGUGAAUCAGGGGCCUGAGGAAUCCGAGAGCCACCUCUGUCCUGACAGCACUCCUAAGAUGGAAGGUCCCCAGGGGGCUUGUGGUCUGAAGCUGGCAGGAGAUACGAAGCCUAAAAACCAAGUGCUGGCCACCUACAUGUCCCACGAGCUGGUCCUGGCCACCCCCCAGAACCUGCACAAGAUGCCCGAGCUGCCUUUGCUACCUCAUGACAGCCGCCCCAAGGAGCUCAUCAUGGAUGUGGUCCCUAGCAGCAAGAGGGGCUCCGGCACAGAGCUUUCACAGCUUGGAAGUCAGGUGGACCUGGGGCGGGUGAAAAUGGAGAAGGUGGAUGGUGACGUCGUCUUCAAUUUAGCCACCUGCUUCCGCACCGAUGGCCUCCCAGCAGCUCCCCAGAGGGGCCAAGCUGAAGUUCGGAAUAAGGCUGGGCAGGCUCGAGUGAAACAGGAAAGCGUGGGUGUCUUUGCCUGCAAGAACAAGUGGCAGCCAGACUCAGUGGUGACCGAUGGGGUGACCGAAUCUCUGCCGCCCAAGAAGAUGAAGUUUGGCAAAGAGAAGGAUGCUGAGGAGCAGCAGCCACAAACCAAGGUCAUAGUCCGGAGUUCCCAUGGACCCAAGUGCCGGAAGCCACCUAGUGACCCCCAGGAACCCACCAAGAAGAGCCCCAGGGGGGCUUCAGAUUCAGGAAAAGAGCACAAUAGAGUCAGGGUAAAGCACAAGCACCGGAAGCCAACAAAGCCGGAUUCCCAGUCUCCAGGAAAACGAGCCGAUGGCCAUGAGGAAGGUUCCUUGGAGAAGAAAGCAAAGAGCAGUUUCCGUGACUUCAUCCCUGUUGUUCUGAGCACACGGACGCGCAGUCAGUCUGGAAGCAUCUGUAGCUCCUUUGCUGGUAUGGCAGACAGUGACAUGGGAAGCCAGGAGGUCUUCCCCACAGAGGAGGAAGAAGAUGUGACCCCCACCCCAGCUAAGCGUCGAAAGGUGAGAAAGACCCAACGGGACACCCAGUAUCGCAGCCACCAUGCCCAGGACAAGACUCUCCUGAGCCAGGGCCGCCGGCACCUGUGGCGAGCCCGAGAAAUGCCCUGGAGGACAGAGGCUGCCCGGCAAAUGUGGGACACCAAUGAGGAGGAGGAGGAAGAUGAGGAGGAAGGCCUGGUGAAGAGGAAGAAGCGGAGACGACAGAAGAGCCGAAAAUAUCAGACUGGGGAGUACCUGACGGAGCAAGAAGAAGAGCAGCGGCGAAAAGGGAGAGCAGAUUUAAAGGCCCGUAAGCAGAAGACUUCCUCCCAAAGUUCGGAGCACCGCCUCAGAAACAGGAACCUUCUCUUGCCCAGCAAAGCCCAGGGGAUCUCGGAUUCACCAAAUGGUUUCCUCCCGAAUAACCUGGAGGAGCCAGCCUGCCUUGAGAAUUCAGAAAAGCCAUCAGGAAAACGAAAGUGCAAAACCAAGCACAUGGCGAAUGUCUCAGAAGAGGCAAAGGGCAAAGGUCGUUGGAGCCAGCAGAAGACGCGAUCUCCCAAAUCUCCCACCCCAGUGAAACCCACCGAACCAUGCACACCCUCUAAGUCCCGAAGUGCUGGCCCAGAGGAGGCCUCCGAGUCACCUACAGCCCGGCAGAUCCCCCCAGAGGCACGUCGGCUCAUAGUGAACAAGAAUGCAGGCGAGACCCUCCUGCAGCGGGCAGCACGUCUUGGCUAUAAGGACGUUGUUCUCUACUGCCUCCAGAAAGACAGUGAGGACGUGAAUCACCGUGACAACGCUGGCUACACGGCCCUGCAUGAGGCCUGCUCCAGGGGCUGGACGGACAUCCUGAACAUCCUGUUGGAGCACGGGGCUAAUGUGAACUGCAGCGCACAGGAUGGCACGAGGCCAGUUCAUGAUGCGGUAGUCAAUGACAACCUGGAGACCAUCUGGCUCUUGCUGUCUUAUGGGGCCGACCCCACACUGGCCACCUACUCGGGACAGACAGCCAUGAAGCUGGCCAGCAGCGACACCAUGAAGCGUUUUCUCAGCGAUCACCUCUCAGAUCUUCAGGGCCGGGCAGAGGGUGACCCUGGUGUGUCUUGGGACUUCUACAGCAGUUCUGUGUUGGAAGAAAAAGAUGGCUUUGCCUGUGACCUCCUCCAUAAUCCUCCUGGGAACUCUGAUCAAGAAGGAGAUGAUGUGGAAGAGGAUGACUUUAUGUUUGAGCUCUCAGACAAGCCUCUUCUCCCUUGCUACAACCUCCAAGUGUCAGUGUCCCGCGGGCCCUGCAACUGGUUCCUCUUUACCGAUGUCCUGAAGAGGCUGAAGCUUUCCUCCAGGAUCUUUCAGGCUCGGUUCCCGCACUUUGAAAUUGCCACCUUGCCCAAGGCCGAGUUCUACCGGCAGGUGGCCUCCAGUCAGCUUCUGACCCCAGCCGAGAGGCCCGGAGGCAUGGACGACAGAUCUGCCCCAGGCUCCUCUGAGACUGUGGAGCUGGUGCGGUAUGAGCCAGAGCUACUUCGGCUCCUGGGGUCUGAGGUGGAGUUCCAGCCCUGGAACAGUUGA